CUUUCUUUUUACACUCGUGUGUCGCUUUAAGUACCGUCUCGCCCGCUCGGUAGUAGGUACUCGGUAUCAUUGGUGUGCUGCUCCAUGUUGACACCGCUGACAGUGUAACUAACAUCCCAGUUAUACCAGCAGCUGCUCGUGCGAUUAUUAACUGGAAACAUUUUUAAUGGAAACGGGAGGAAUUCACAACAUUUCCUGUUUAUUUGUUCAGUGAACUGCCUCUACUUGACUGCUCACUUUUACAACAUGCUGUCAUUUACAAUACAGCGAACAAGUGGACUCUGUGCAGCUGAGUUGAGGCUUACAUCUCGCUUUUAACGACAUCAUUUAGUUGUGUGUGAGUCCAUGCUCCUCCAUGCCUUUGUUGGCAUCUAAUGGAAGAUAAAGCACCUAUCAGGUCUGCCAUGGUAUCUAGACUGCCUAAGUUUGGAGGACGCUCCUCAGGUGGUGGCACUGGGCCCUUGACCAAUGGUUCCACACAGCCAACCACCCCUUCCCAAGAUGGCAAGACAACUCCUCCAGGAACACGCCCAAACGGUGUGAUCAGGCCCAAUCCUUUUUCCCUGAAAUUUAGAAAAGAUGAAGGAACGACCCCCUCAAGCCCCACCACCCCCACCAGCCCUGGGGACGGUGAAGACAAGGCUCAGACACAGCUUCCCUCUUUGGUAAAGGAGGUGAAGGUCGCCUCUCCAGGGACACCGAAGAUGCGUAGGUCUGGUUCUUUGAUGGUAGCUGUCUCUAGCCCCAAGGCAAUUCCCAAACAAUCCACAAAGAUGAGUCCCAAAGUAGGGACUAAGCUAGGGCAAAGCCCACUUAAUGGAGGUCCUAAAGUCAACCAUAAUGGAUAUAGUGUUUCUUUGCGAACAGGGUCAGAGUCCCGCCUUGUGCGGCCAAGAUUAGGUUCCAGCUCUCCCAGAAGCAGCUCUCAAGACAGCCUGUCCCAGCCUAGUGACGGCAUGAAAACCUUGGCGCUGGACAACAUGGUGCGUUCUAACAGCUUCACGCACUUCAAGCAGAUCCCCUCUCCCACCAGCCAGCCUAUGACAAGGUCCUUCUCCUUUAAUCGGGCUGUGGAGCUGGCCAAGCCUCUGGCCAACACCCAACUCCGACCUCCUCGGAGUAGUUUCCUCAAACCUCCUCAGCUUAGCAAUGGACGAGUGGGUUUAGGACUGGGAAGUCUAAAUGGCAACCAUGGAAGUGCAGGAAAUCUAGGUGGAGGGAUUGGAGGUCUUCAGCACAACAAAAACCCUCCAGCUGCCUCCUCUUUGUCCACCCCCUCAAUUUUUCCAGCACCCACUACUCCCAGUGCUCUGAGGAAGCCACUGCUCCCUAGCUGUGUGCUGACCAAGUCAUUGGGAAAUAGUGGGGGCUCUUUGGGCUACAGGCUGGCUAGAUCUGUGCAGGCCAAGCAGCAAAAGCCUCUUUUUCCAGGUCGGGUGAAAGGGGAUAUCAGACCUUCAACUGCUCCUGAAAGUGGAGGGGUUUUAGGGAUAGCAAUAAAUAUUGGGUCAACUGGUGAGCCUGAAAAAGCAGGCUGUGACAGUGAUGGAAGCUCUGGGGAUGGAGGAGGAAAAGGAGGAGGAAAUAAUGUGCUUAGGCAGAGUUCUGGCCUGGCAGCAGGCGAGACUCUGGAGGACAUGUCCUUAUCCUCUGCCUCGUCUCUAGACAGAGUCGACACCAGUGAAGAGUUUCUAGAUGACUUUGACAGUGUGGGAGAUGUGUUCAGUGAUGGGGACCUACCUGACAACAGGUCAACUGGCAUCAAUACUCAAACCCGCCUACACAGCUUUCUUAAUGAGAACAUUGACUGGGUCACUGUGGAUCUGGCAGGACAAAAAGAAGAAAGCCCUAUGCAGGACUCCCAGGGAUCGCUGGUGUCUCCAGAGCGGGUUGAUGUCUGCCAGGCAUCAUCUGUGGAGCUGUCGCCCUCUAACAGCUCUGGUGGGACCUACAUGUGGGAUGAAGAUGGUCUUGAGCCCCUUGGGGGACCCGGGACACAUCCAUGUGAUAGCUAUGGUGACUCAGAGCUCAACAGCAUGGACAUCCUGAACAACCUGGACCCUCCGGGCACUGGAGAGUUGGAUGAUGAUGACCUUAUGCUGGAUGUGGACCUCCCAGAGGAUGGCUUGCAUGAUAUUGACAGGAUGUCCCACAUUGAGCGUUCAGAGAGGGCUGGUCGGCAGGGACAGCGGCGUAAGCACCAUCGUUGGAGUGGACCAGACCACUUUCACAAUGAUAGCAGGGGCCAUUUCUUCCAGCACUAUGAUGGUCUCAAGGCCUCAAGGAUGUCUUCACGGCCCAAUCCCUCUGAAGGCAGGCAGCAGGGCUACACAGCAAUGCUGGAUGAACUCACACUCGAACACAUGACCCAGGACUGCAGCUCGCUCAAGAACCAGCUGCUCAGGCUCAAAACUUUACUACAGUUUGAGGAUACAGACUCUCCAGCAGAUGUUGCUGAGGAGAUUGAAGACAACACCACUGCAUCACAGUUGGAGGAGCUUAUUAAGGAAGUGCGGGUGCUCAGAGAAGAACUGAGGAGUCGAGACAAGACCAUUGCCCAGCUCACAUUACAGUGUCAACAGCUACAACAACAUCAGCGGGAGCAAAUGCCUGCUCAUGGACGGCAGGGCAGGUGUCAGUGCCACCACCAGAGGGCUCCCUCUUCAUUACGACAGACUGAUGGAAGACAGAUGGACAGACGGAUGCAGCACUAUGACAAGGCCACCCAGACAUAUUGGAGACCGCUCAGCCAUCCUCCUCAAAUACUACAGCCUUUCAACCCCUGCCUCAACGAGCCCCUCCAUCAGGGAAGAUUAGUAAAAAUUCCCCCCACCGAGGGCCACAGUGACUUCACAAGGAAUAAUACAGAAGGAGGAGCCCAUACAGAUGCUGACUGUCCUGUUGAAGGCCACAUGGUAAAUGUGUCUGGCCCAGCGGACCCCAACAAGCUGAGUCAUCUCCUCAGCACCCACCUGCACCGCCCGAGCUCCGGGACACCACAGGGGGUAACUGCCAGAGACAGUCCAGCGGCAGCAGCUCAGCCUGCAGCACAGCUUGAGUGGAGAGCCCCCGCUGUAAUACUGCAGAACUCUGUCUCUCCUAGAUCUGCUGGAUCGACUGGCCCUCGCAUGCUGCAGCCUCCUCGCUUUCACAAGACUGUGUCGCUUCCUGCACUCAAGCCGGGGGGCACAAGUGGCUUUGCCUCUCUGAAAGCAGGAUGUUCCUCAGGGCCUGUGGUUAACCGGACCAAGCAGCUGCCCCCUCCAUCUAGAGGCCUUCCCUGCUUUAACGCCGGACCCCAGGUGCAGAUUCCAAGUCUUUGUCGCACUUCGCUGCUUCAGCCUCGCAGAGCAUCACAGCCUUUUAGGGAUCCACGGUAUACCAGCUCAAGCCUGGAGGAGCCCAACCAGGGCAAGCUCAAAGACCCUGAGUCAACAAAGAUCCUGAUCCCUUUGAGUCGCUCAUGCCUCCCCAAGCCAAAGAUUCCCUGAGGAGCUUAAACCUACUCAUCUAAACUUGCAACUGGAAUCACUCUGACUUUGAUAUCAUCCUCUUCUCCCUCCAGCCAUAAUAAUAGUGUGAUUGUUUUAGUUUUUGAGUGUCAGAGGGACAUACUCUGAGCUCAUGAAACCCACCUGGACCAUUUGGGGACUGUCUGUGUCUGCGAAAUUGAUAUUAUGCUGCUGUAUUGUUUUUAAAUUAGCUUCCACAACUCCAGCCUGAUUAAUAUUCAUAAUAUAGUAUGUAGCAAGAUCCUAUUUUCACAACAAUCCACAGUGGUAUAUAAAUCCACAGUCCCUCAAAAUGGCCUCUAUAAAAAAAAAAGAUGAUGUCCAGUUUUACUAGCUUUGCACAUACAGACAAAUGCUACUGAUGCAAAAAUAAGAGUUACCAUUCAGAGAAGUCAGCCUUUUUUUUUUUGGAAUGCCUAUUGGCUAUUAACACAUUUCAAAGUGUGAGUUCACUUGUCUUCACACAGCUGUGCCCUCUGACACACAGGUGCAUUUGGCUUUCAACGUAGAGGUGGCAUGGAUGUGACCUUAGCUGUGUAAUAGUUGGCCCAGGGAAAGACGGAGGUAAAAACAAGACACAGGAAAGAAACAGAGGAAUACUUAAAUAACAUAAGAAGUGGAGUGGGGGCUGGAAACUGAAAAGCAAAUUCGUCAAAUCUCUGUGGAGCUGUCCCUUCCAAUGAAUGUGAAUGAAAAUGUAGUAUGUGCUUGUGUAAAUGUGUGAGAGAGAUGAGAAUACAUAGAGGUGAAAGACCAAGAGAACAGCAGCUUCACACUGUAGGUGCAUACAUGUUUAUGGUUCAGAGGUUUGGAGAUUCACUCUCUGAAGCCUGCACAUACUAGCAAAAAGGGUCACAGACUUUUAUGUAAAUGCAACUCAGAUGGAAAUAAAGACCUGUAAAAAAAGGACAUUCUGCUGGGGGUAGAGAGAGAAUUAGGAGAAACAGUAAACAAGUGAGGAAUCAGCUUUCAUAAUGUAGCAGAAAAGAGUAGUGUAAAAAAGCUCUCACACACUGAAGUGUGCUCAGGUACAAUGUAGGCUCACUCGUAGCCGUGCGCAAACAUGUGAAGUACUCUGACACUGUGAAAAAUAUCUCUUAUUUCAGGGUCACUUUCUGCAUUAUCUAAAUUGAAAACAGUGAACAGUAACAGGAAAUUGGUGAGAAGAAGCAUGCAACAAAGCUAAUUUAAAAUCUUACUGAGUCAUAUUAUCUGUUUUUAUGAGACAAAUGUCUGCUGAUAAAUAGAGAAAAUGACACUUAUUCCCAGUCCAAACACCUUGGUUGCAAAAAUGUUGAGAAUCUUAGAGAGUUACAUUAUCCACCUCAUCCACAAGAUGUUGUGAUUUGAUGUAAGACAAUUCAACAACUCAAACUCAGGUUGAGAAAAGUGACACUUGAUUUAGGAACAAAGAAUUUGGGAGUCAAUUAAAUCACUUGUUAGGGACAUUUUUUUACAUUUACACGCUGACUUCCUUGAACUAUCUCCCUCAGUGACCCUCACAUGGAAACAUCAGCUAACAGGGAUUCAUUAUACGUGUGAAGCUGCUGCCGGGUGUGCGUGUAUGUGUGUUUGAGUGUCGAGCUGUUGUCGUUUUUUUCCCCCUGCUGUCUCUCUCUUUUUUUCCUUUCGCUCUCUUGCACAUCUCUUUGGGAACAUCAAAGGUAUUAGCACAGUAUUUUCAGGUAGGAAGCCUUCGGGGCUUUAGUGGUGUUUCUGUGGGAGUUUUGGAGAAUUGUGUUUAUCUCUCCUUUGCGGAGCCCUUUUGCAGUGAAACACUCCCGAAAUGUCCCCAAACGGAGAGCAGCAGUGUGUUAAAAAGGCCUUCUGACAGCAACUCUGCUCUCUUCUCUGUCACGCCGCGUGACCACUUGGUGUACGCCUCUGGCUCUGUCUGGUCUACUGCGUCCAAUAAUGCACCCUACAUAGACAGAGUGAGACAGGGGGAGACACACACACACAUACACAUUCACAUCCGGAUACAGAAGUUACAUUGAUACACAUAUAGGCGCUCUGACACAACUCAAAGAGACACGAAACUCAGAGGGAACACACGCACACACACACACACACACAUCAGUUCACACUUCCAAGCAGCCACACCAACAUAUAUAUUCUGAAUUCUUAAACAAAAUACAUACAAGUGUGUUAUGUGUUGUUUUGUCCUGUUGGACUGGCUUUCGCAAUAGAAACUCUCCAAGUUCACAUUGAUCCAUCUAUCCGCUUAAGCCAAAAGGAACACAAAAAAAAGCCAUCUCUAGAUUACUUUGGAAAUGAGUAGAGGCUUGUAUGUGUGUUUGUGUGCAUGUGAGUAUGUGAGUAUGGAUCCAUGCGGCUGAUAAAACAUGUUUACCUGUUGGAUAGUGCCAAACCGGCCGAGCAGUCAGCGCGGUUCUAUGAAGCCAAGAAAAAUCCAUUUCUUUUAAUGAAAACAGAAAUAGGGGUAGCAAGAUA